AGAAGGUAUAUAUUGUUGAUGAGUAAUUUACCCUUAGAUGGCUCCUGUUACCUAUCGUUGUUUUGUUCGCUCGGUUCGUAUUUUUCCUCGGUGGCUUCCACUGGAUUACGUUUAGAGGAACACGUGCGUCCCGUAAAGAAGCACCUAUCCUAGUUGUUGCACCUCAUUCAUCAUUUUUUGAUUCACUUGUGGUCGUUGCCCUCGGUAUGCCCUCAGUCGUUGGAAAAACUGAGUCCGCGGAAUCGUUUGUUGGUGGAUUUUUCAAGGUUCUCCAGCCUGUCUUAGUAGACAGAGAGGAUCCUGAUUCUCGUAAGAAAGCUAUUCAAGAACUUAAUCGUCGUGCGAAGUCGAAAGACGAUUGGCCUCAAAUAGUUAUUUUUCCUGAAGGAACUUGUACAAACCGUAGUUGUAUUGCUUCGUUUAAGGCAGGUGCUUUCAAUGCCGGGGUGCCAGUCCAACCAGUGAUCGUUCGUUGGCCUAAUCAAGUGGAUAGUGUGACGUGGGUUUGUGAAGGUCCCAGUGUGUUGAAGUUAUUGUGGCUGACGAUGACUCAGUUUUACAACAGAUUGGAAAUAGAAUUUUUACCUGUUUAUCAACCAAACGAAGAUGAACAGUUAGACGCCCAACUGUAUGCUGAUAACAUACGCCGCAUAAUGGCUGGAUACUUGAACGUUCCAUUGUGUGAUUUGUCGUAUGACGAUUUUUGUCAAAUCAGGAUUGCAUGCAGAUACAAACUGCCGACCCCUGAAGCUGUUGUGUAUUUAAAUUCAUUACUUCAAAUGAUGUUCUCUCUGGAACUUAAUCGUGACGCUACGUCAGAAGAAGAUCAGCAAUCUGACUGGUUUCAAGCACGUCUAAACAGUAUGCUGGAUAUAUGCCGUAACAAGCCAUACCUAUCGCGUUCAGAAUUUAUUGAGACACUGUUCCCAACUAGUCGACCUAAUUCGAAGGCCAUGUACCUAAUCAAUUUGGUUUCUAAGCACUAUAGUGAACCGCUGUCAAAUACUGUCAAUUUUCGCAUGUGUAUGAUUCAUGGAUGUAUGCUACUGUUUACUGCUUCUCCAAGCCAAGCUUUUCACUACUCUUCAAAGGUUUACAGUCCUGUUAAUGUAACUGGCAAAAAUGAACUUCAAGAAUGGGAAAUCAGUAAAACUGAUGCUGCAGAAUUAUUAAAGUUUGCAUUUGACAUUAAGAAUCAUGAUACAGUUCAACGUAUACUUGAUCAUGCUUAUCAGAUACGUGAUUCCGCAUUAUCGACUUCUCAUGAGAAGUCUAAUGGUGAUGGGGUUAGUGGACAAUACUUAUACGAAGGAAUGUUGGGUCAGCUUCCGGAUUUGGCCAAUUGCUAUGUUCAUUAUGAUGCUGAUGUACGAAGAGUAUUUAAAGGUCGUCGUCGUCCGCUAAUCGAAUCAUCUUCUACAUCAGAGAAUAAUCUAAAUGAAGUGACUUCAGCAUCAUUAUCUCGCUGUUCUUCAUCUGCCCGUACAACUCCCAACCUCACGGACAACAGAAAUGCCACAGAUCUAAGGGACAAUCUACUUACCAAUAAUUUUGAAUGUAUUGAAAUCUCUGAUAUACCAUCGUGCGAAAUUCUCAAUUCCUCGGAUGAAUCAAACGACACUACUAAUUCACACACAAAUAAACAAAACGUCAAAUUUCGUGGACGAAUUUUUGAUCGGCAUAAGUGAUCAGUAAUAGGAAACAGGCAGUAGUAUGUUUAUUUUCUUCCUUUUUCCUUCGGUUUACUAAGCCUGUGCUUACUCGAAAAAUGUAUGAUUAAUUCAAAAGAGUGAAGAAUACCUAGUUGAGCUGUUUCUGGUGUUUACUUCUAAUUUCCUAAUCCAUUUCAUCCUCUGCUUUUUAAUCUCUCACUUUUGUUGAUUUUUAUUCUCACACAUAUGUAAAUGUGUAUCUCUGAAUUCCUACUUUAUUUCUAACAUCGAAGUUUUCCGGUUAAGUGUAUUCCUAAGUCUAUACACAUCGUCGGUUGUUAUGUGUAGGUAACAUUUUCAUGUAUCUGUGUACAAUUAAUUUUGCUCCCAUUUUGCAGUUUCUGUAUUCUUUGAUGGCGAAAUGAAUAACUUCAUUGAAAAAUGUGUUGAGAUCACUUUUUGUUUGGAAGUUGUAUGAUUUCUGUUGAUUUGUGUUAUUUGCUCUAUAUAUGUAAUUGAAGUUUUUAGUGUUAUACCAACAUGACCCUUUUUAAAAUGAGUACGUUAUAUUUUACUGUUAUGUUUCUGUUAUUUUACACUAUGCUUCUUUUUCCUAUUUGUUAUUUUACCUAUAAAUAUUUUCCUCUCAAAAAACCAGGUAUUUGUUUCUUAUCUACGUUGUUGUUAUCACU